UCAUUGUUUUGUUUUGCAACAGAAUCACGCUUUUCCGCACAAGUUCCAGGACGUUGUUGUUUAUUGUAACGCCGAUAGUGAGGUAAAACGGGUCGUCGUCAUGUUUCGAAUCGUGUCGUCCGGCGACUCGCUGCUACGUGCAUUUGCGGCACUAAACAUUGGUCGCCAAACCGUGCCACUGUGUAGUGCAGCAAGGGCGCUGCAUUUUACCAGCAGCCACAAGCCGGCAAAGGAGGAGAAUCGUGACCGCACACUGCUGCAACCUGUCGUUCCUACAUUAUGUAAUGUGAGGCAAACAAGUUUCUUCAACAAACUUCCCGCGGAACAGAUAUGGAAGGGUGUCAUCUCAGUCAGUAAUGCCGGUAAGAAGCGUGGCCGUGGCAAGGGUUCCGGACGCAUCACUGCGAAGGAUCUAAACCGAGGACAGGUUAUUGGGUACGGCAAAGCCAACAUGGUAUGGCCCGGACUUUCCGCACCGGUGAUACGUGGCCGGGAACUGGUGCAGCAGCAAAAGCUUCCGGAAGACAAGGAGCGUGAAGCAAAGCUGCGGCGCAUCCGCGAUGAAAUGGUUAACUUUAAGCGCCUGAAGCUAAGUCCGCUCGAGCGUGGAUGGUCCGGAUCGAAAAUGCCGGGCCGUAGCAUCGGUCCGCCGGAUGCGAUCGGUGAGGAUGAAUUCGUUGGGUUCGAUACCAAGUGCUUGGAGCUUAAGGCGGUCGUCAACAUGAAGGGUAACCAUGGCCGAAAGCGUCGUGUUUCGGCGAUGGUCGUUACGGGCAAUGGAAACGGUUUGGCUGGGUUCGGAUUCGGAAAGGCAAUCGAAGGACGAGCCGCACUGCGGCAGGCGAAGAACCGCGCCGGUCAGAAACUGAUGCACUUUGAUCUUUGCAAUGGACACACGGUGUUUCACGAUUUCCACUGCCAGUUCGGUGCUACGAAACUGUUUGUCGAGCGCAAACCGGAAGGCUUCGGGCUGAAGUGUCACCGGGCCAUUCGAACGGUGUGUGAGGUGCUGGGCAUUAAAGAUUUGCGCGCCAAAUGCGAGGGAUCCACCAACGUGCAGCACGUGGUGAAAGCGUUCUUCAUCGGAUUGCUUCAGCAAAAGGAUCAUCAAAAGAUAGCGGAAGAGAAGGGACUGCAUGUGGUGGAAUUUCGGCCGGAAAAUAUGAACUUCCCGAAAGUGGUUGCCAGCCCGACGGUGUGUCGCACGGAGGAGCAGCUAGAAAAUAAUGAAAUUCUUGACUUCACGCAGUACUGCAUGGAUGGGAAGAUUCAGCUGCAGAAGAAAAAGUUCCCUCCGUUCUAUACGAAGUUCCGGUCGUGGGAUAUUUACCAGAAGAAGCAGGAGUAUUUGCGCAAUCAGGAUAAGGUGCGGCUACGGAUGAUGGCCGAGACGGGCGAAGUACGCAGCUUUUUGACGGAAAAGUAUCCCGAAUGUAGGAUGGGACCGGGUGCGAAGGAUGAGUAAAUGCAGGUGGUGCUAGUGCGAAGCACAACGUGGCAUGUAGAUUAAAAAAAAGGGUACGAAUAUGUUGCGUUAAUAAAGUAAUUUAACAAUAUAAAUGUAUUUGCUCGAUAACAGCUUAAA